AUGGCUCUGGUGCGGGAGCUGAUGAGGCAUCAGCGCCAGUUGUUUGGUUCAGAUGCAUCAAAAGUGUCGACCCGCCGGAAGAGUGUCCUGUGGGGGAAAGUUAUUGCUGCUGUGAACAGUGAGGGUGUGGUGAGGCGGACCGAGGACACCUGUAGGAAACGUUUCUAUGACAUCAAACGCCGUGUGAAGGCCAAGAUGGCUAAGGAGGCAAAAUCUGCUCGGCAAACCGGGGGAGGACACCCCUUCCGAGCGUCUUAUAAAGAUUGGGAGGAGCCAAUACGUCCGCUGAUUCCGCCAGAGUACGCCAGAGAAGCAGCACCUCCAGGCCACAGCCAACCCUGCCUAGAGCUGAUGAUGGUGGGAAUGCAGAGGCGCCAAUCACAGGCCAGCAUUACUGUGGCUACAAGGCCACCCAAGAGGCCCCGUGUCCACGCUCCUACUGCUGCUCCUGCACCUGCCUCACCCCCCCAAAGGCGCAUCUCUGCAGUGGCUGCGGUGCCACCACUGGCACUUUUGGCAAGCCCCCUAAGUGUAGAUCCACAUUCCCCACAGUUGUCUGAUCCGGCCAUCAUGAGUGACGAGGGCCAGCAGUCCCAUGGCCAGGAGACGUAUACUCUACACCUGCAGCCCAUCGACCAAACACAGGCAAACAUGACUGAGGACAAUCCAGUCCAACCGCAAGCUUCUCAGACUCAACAAAUGACCUCAACACCAGGGACAAGCCAAAUUCCGCAUGAGUUUUGGUCAAGUUGGGCAGAACAACAGGCACACCACUCUGCGUGUCUCAACACCCAAACACAACACCUGUCUAGUUUGCCCCAUCAUUUGCCUAAAGUUAGCCGCAACUCUGCCAGACUCAUCGUGCAAGUAGGGCGGAUAGCAAACACAAUGGAGCAGAUGAGGGCAGACAAUUCUCAAAUGCAGGCAACCCAUCAGCGCAUCAUGGAUGAGCAACUGCGCCAACACCAAACCCUCAUACAGAUUAUCCAGCAUAAUCAAGUCAUAAAUGACAAUUUGUCGCGAACCAUUGCCAACAAUACAGCUGCUUAUACCCAGCUAACGGCCAGUUUAAAUAUUUUGAGCCAAAAUUUUAGUGCAAUGGCACAACAACAUGUGGCCACAAGCUCAAGCACAACAACCCCGACCCAAACACCAGUACAAUCACCAGUUCGACGAUCAAGUCGAAGCCGCACCCACGAACAACCACAAGCCUCUGCACCCAGCACCCAAAAAAAGAAAAGAUAAUCUGUACUGCACAUCAUAUGCUGGCCAGUUGCAAGUAAAAUAUAUGUGUUCAGAAUAUAUUGUUCAGUAUUUUUCAAUA